UCCAGAUGAUCGGCACGUAAUUGCAAAUAGGCAACGUUGAACUCCCCCAACGUCAAAGAAUGGAGUGCCAUUUUGAUGAAGGAGCGACGCAAAUCUUCAAAAUAUGGACCAAUUUGAAACUUCCCAACUAUUCAGUGAUGUUACUACGUUGGAUCAGAUGUCACCCCAAAUCAGCCCAGAAGAAUUGAAAACCUCGCCCUGAGAACAAAGAGACCCAAAAUGUGCCAAUUCGUUCUGCAGACGAGACGAUUUACUGAUUUAGGCUAAGACGAACAAUGUAAACUUUAUUAAACGUCCACGCGGCUGUGGAAAAAGUCCCCACCACUGCGCUUAUUCCACCCAAAAUCCAAAUUUUGGUGGAAGUACCCCUCGCUCAGUGGGAAAAAUCGUAGAUUUUUCCGCGUAAUUUUGCGUUGGGCGCCAAUUGUAAGGGUUGGUUUUCAGCCCUUACCUGCUAUAGCCCGGCAGGGCGGCUCGGAGCAGGGUACUUCCAAUAAACUUUGGAUUUCGGAUGGGUGAUAAUAGGAAAAAGGAAGAAAUAUUUCAAUUUUAAACUUCUUUUCUACUUCUGACCUUAUUUUCUCCUCCUCGCUACGUCACUGGUCACUGGCUCGUCGACACUCGUUGGGGCCCUUUCAGCACGGUGGUGGCGUUCGCUCCCGCACGGGAUAUGCGGAGCUUCCUCGUCCUUCUUCUUCUUCCACUUCUGCUUCUUCACCUUCCUCUUCUUCGGGUUGGGCUAAUUCGCCGCCGAAGCGACGGUCCUUGGCUUUUAGCUAGGGGGAGGAGAUAAACUCCUUUGUCGGACCCCCCCUAGCGACGCUGGUGGUAUUCACCGUACUACCCACUCGCCGUGGAUAGUACCGGCAGAAACCGCAGUUUCUUACCUUGGUUGGUACGCCCCUUUGUACCAACCAACUUCGUCCUUCUUGACUGUUAACUGUGGAGGCGAGAUACUCAAUUGGCUGAGCCUCCACAGUAAGGACGGUGGGUAUUUUCUGGGUCCUUGGUGGUUAGCCGCGGGAAGCGAAAAGAUCCUUGUUGAUUAGCUUCCCAAUAGCGGCGACCCAAUACCCGUUCACUGCACUGUUUUCGACCGCGGGACGGCGCUUUCCGGGGAACUUUCUGGCACCAGUCACUCCCGGCGACCUGGGGACAACCUUCCAGGUAUCACUCACUCGAAUUCCACGCAAACGGUGCUCACUAAAUAGCGGAGUCGAAAUUCGCGCCCGGGCUCUUUCACAGUACCAAACGAUCUGGUUUUUCAAAAUGUCAUCCUCCGUCCAGAAUAUCGCACACCACCUUGCCGCCAUCUCCUACCACCGUGCUCGACUUGUUAUGCAGUUAUGUUGCGCCGCUUUCUUUGCAACGGGAGGAGAAUGGGACCUAACUUCGUUUAAAAACCUAUCUAAAUCUAAACUAUAAUUUACUACCUAACAUAUUAAAAUGGAAAAACCUAACACCAAAUAAAAUCAAACAUGAAAUAAACAAAUUAAAAUAAAUUGCUCAUCACGUCAGUGGUGGUGUAUGUUGCCAAUUCAAAACAAAAACAUUACUCUGAGUAUCAACAACGGACUAUAUACAAACUACUCAGAGUACACGCAGUGACGAAACUAGACAAACUGGGUUAAUUGUAACACGCUGGUUACAAAUGUUCUUCAGUAUUCAUGGAAUACUGUAUCCAAUGCGAUUUGAAAUUAUAUGAAUAAUAAUAAACUUCUAAAUAGGUGCACAUCUGUUUUGAAUAAAUUUCCAGCCAACCUGAUUCUCUAGAGAAAAAAAAAAUACAGAAAAACAUAUCAGACACCGCUUCAUACUGAAGUCACGUAAAACUAUCUGAAAAAAUAUCACUUUGAAGAUGCUAUCAGUCGAGCAGACAGUUUAUACAUAUCACCUUUGCGUGUAUGCUCCGCGACAAAAUGAAAUGACUCAUGUGUAACAAGUGUCAGUGUAACGUCCAGUAUUGAUGAGAUUUGUCGCGUGUAGUAUUCGUCGUAUUUUGUAUUAAAAAAAAAAGAAAACGUUUGUAGUUAGGUUAAGUGUAACGUCCCGAAAUCCCACGCACGCAGCCGUCACUACACUGCCCCAUGUAAGGACGACGGUAGUUCCGCUAGUCACCACCAGGCUGCACAGGACUGCACGAAUGGGCGGCCAUGGAAGGCGAACUGGGUGGCCAUGAUGAGGAGGAACUUCGGCACUUACGACGGGUCAAUGGCCAAUGGUUCGGGGUCAACGAUCUUCAAAACGGAGGAUCAUUAGCCUGGUGAUCUUCAGAGACAACAGUCAUUUGAAAAGUUGGUAGAAGGAAAGUUUGUUGAAGAAAAGUAAAGUUGGAAGGAAGUUUAGUUGGAGAAGUUAAUAGAAAGAUUUGAAAGCACGGAAAAGUGGACAGAAGGAGAAAAGGAAAGUGGAGAAUUUGAAGCAAUCCGGACAUCCAGGACCUCGCGGUUUUUAUUUCAAAAACCAAGUUAGUGACCCGUACAGUACAAGACGCUACCACUGCGUAGACCCUACUAGCCAAUUUGUAGUGUGUCCGCAUCCCUGUAACCCGAUACAACCACCAAACGCGCCGACGAACCCAGGCUUUUUCCAGUGACUCUACGGAUCACUGAAGCCUCGAGUCCGUCAACACACUCGAGGGGCGCACGGGACAGGAGGAAGGUCCGCGAAAGGCUGCAGCCAACGAAAGAGAGAAGAAAGGAGAAGAAUUGCCCGCCCCCUGGCCCAGGAAGGAGACGAGGAACCAGAGGACAGGCGAAAAGAGCGGCAGCGAAGGCGUGCAGUGUGCGGGGCCCCGAAGAACGAAGAGAAGUGAAGAAAGUAAGGUAGGACUAGUCCUUAAGAAAGUGGGAGGCGUCGUCCGGUGUUGAGGGCGGACGCCAGAAAGCUAGGAAGGGAGAAGCUAGGAGGAAGAACGAAAGUAGGACGUCAGGAAGUGAAUAAAAGUGUACACGAGACCAUCAAUAUAGGGAGUUUUGCUUUACCGAAUCUACUAGUGUUUUCAUUUCGCGGAGUGUCACGAGCGUCUUGCCGACCCUGAGGCUUGAAGACGGGGGUUUCAUCCUUGCUGGGAGUAACACGGCCCUUGCUCAGUCACACUUUGGCGCCCAACGUGAAUUGUCUUUGGCAUUCCGUGCUAGGGAAACACUUAAGAUUUGAUAACUUUUCGUUGCGGAGGUCUCUGGGAAAUCCUUGAAAUCACUUACCGAAUUGACGUCACGAACUACUUUGGAGUUGUGCAGGACUUGUAAUCAUUGUUCUCAUAACGGAGGUCUUGGAAGUCCCAAGUGGCAAGAUAGCUACCAACUAUUGUUGAGAAAUAAUUUGAAACAGCAGGAGAUUAUUAGAGCUAACUUUCGCGGAAAAAUUCCGGAAGUUAUCGUGAUCAGUGUGUUUCGGAAGAGCGUAAUAAAACACCGAGCAAACUAGGCACUUUAUUUCAAUUUUAACCAGGUGAAGUUGGUGAACAAUACUUAGGAUUUUCAAAUUAAUUACUGCUUUCAUUAGGAAGCGAGAACCAAUUUAGGAUUUUUCAAUUGCUUUCCACAAGCGGAAGCGCUUAUAAAACUAGACACUUUUUAAAUUUUUACAGGUGCGUGCUGAUAACUAGGUUCUUUUCAAAUUUUAUUCUAACGAUUUCCGGUGGAUAAAUCUGCCAACCAUGGAGAUGACCGUGCUGCGUGCGCAGUACAACGCGCUGAAUACUGCUCACCUCACCGUGGAUGAACUCGAACAUGAGUUGAUGAUCCGCAAGAUGGACAAAAUUGCUCCUCGCGCCAGCCUGAAGAGAGCGUUGCGAAACCGGCUGAAAGAAGAAGAUGGUCAGUCAAAUAUUUCGUACGAUUUUAGUAAGAUAGACAUAGUGGAGGAAUUAGAAACCUGUGACGAUAAACUGAAUUCCAUAAAAGCGUUUUUAGAGAACAGACGGUCAAAGAAAGCUCCGGAUCAGUGUUUCAAAAACCGAUUGAUUCACAUUCUUUUCCGAAUGGAGAGAUUGCGGAAUCGUGAGCUGAAUGACGAGAGUCUGAAUGGACUAGCCGUUGUUGCGGGUGAGUGUUUGAGACUGUUGAGUACAUUCUUCUCGGCAGCCUCACACUUACCAGAGGUUAGAGCAGCGGAACUAGCAAUCGUGAAUGAAAGCUUGAGUCGACUGCGAGAAGGUUUAGGACAAACAAAUGAAGAGCGCGAGGAGGAUAGAGCGGAGAAUGUCAAUGUAGAAGAGGAGGAAGUAGAUAGAGUUCAGGUACCUCAGGUGGCGGAGAAAGAGAUUCCGGUGGUCGAAAGCCACAGUGAGGAGGUAGAAGAAGUAGGUGCACCUGAGGAGGUAGAAAAGCUGAAGGUAGAACAGGCGAAGCUGACCGCAGAGAACAAGCAGUUGUUAGAAGUAGUGGGUCAGUUGUUGCAACGUAUCGAAAUUCUUGAGGCUGAACGGCCAAAACAGAAUGUACCGGUACCAGAGCAACCGGCGAAAACGCUGAACAGUACCCAAUUAGGUGAAACUGAAAGGAUCCAACCAAAAUCCUCUCAGCAGGAACCUACGGAUUUUCUGAAGUGGUUGAAGGACAGGAAUAGUUCGAUUAGCAGUUCAGAGCAUGCAGUAGAACCAAGAAAGGUAGUGGUUGUUCCUAGCCAACCGAAAUCGUCAGAAAGAGAAAGGUCGAGGUCAAACAGCAACCGGUUGCCGGUGCACAAAUGGACGAUUCGGUACGACGGCAUGGACAACGGAAAACGCCUGAAUGAGUUCGUGAAGGAGGUUGAAUUUAAUGCUCGUUCAGAGGGGUUCUCUGACGAUGAACUCUUUCAGAGUGCUCAUCAUCUGUUCACUCACAAAGCCAGAGCCUGGUUCAUGGAGGUGAACGGAAACUAUGAAUUAGGGUCUUGGAAGGAGUUAGUGCACGAACUUAAAAACGAAUUCUUACCGAUUGACAUCGAUUACGUGUACGAACGACAGGCGUACAACCGGAAACAGGGUGCCAAGGAAAAGUUUCAGGACUACUACUUGGACAUGGUCCGUAUUUUCCGCGGUAUGUCCAGUUCCUGGGACGAUAGGCGCAAGUUUGAUGUGCUCUUCCGCAAUACGCGUGAGGACGUCCGUAUCGCCAUGCUUGCGGCUGGUGUUAACGACGUGCCUAAAAUGAAAGAGUUCGGUAAGAAGUUUGACGCGAUAAACUGGCAACUAUACCAGAGAAACGAUAGAUUCCCGAAUAGGCCGAUUCGAGUGGAUGAGCUUAACAACCACCGACAGAAUUUCCCAAACCGACAGGAUAGGUACAGAAGAGACGAGCAGGAUAGAAGAAAAGAAGCAGGCAGGUUUGAACAGAAGUUCAGUAAAGGAAAUGGUCAGAAGAGUUUUUGGAAACAACGAGAUUCAGGACAAGAACACCAAAAGAGGGAACAAUACAAGAAAGUAGAAAAACCCGAUAGCAAACCACAGAAUCCUCAAAGACAGAAAAGUCCAGUUCCCGGACCGAGUGGUUCGAAUGCCUUGCAGCGUAUAGUCAAGGCAUACAUUCCAAUUAAAAAGGGCAUUUGCUUCAAUUGCCAUGAAAAUGACCACGGUUUCGAGGAAUGCCCGAAGGAGAAACAUACUUUUUGUUUCAAAUGUGGAUUCCCGGGAUUCACUUUGAAAAACUGUCCUUACUGUCAGACAAAAAACAUGCAAGAGACUGCUCAAUGAGGCAGGCCAGUCUCUCAGUCAACUUGGAAAGUCCUCAUGGAAAGUUCGCGUCAAAUCCUCCAGAAAUACUGAAUAAACUCGGCUAUGAGCAGGUACUCGGGGAUGACUCAGUUAGUGAGGAGAUUGCCACCAUUG